GUGUUUUCAUUUUACCAGAGUAGUAGUAGUAACACAGAAUAAUGAUACAGAUGUGUAUUCUUGCUUCUGAAUGCCUAAGAGAGGCGCUCGACAGUAAACUGCCUAUUUCGUUUUCUAUCGCUGUUUUAGGGAUACCUGUGAUGCACGGCUACUGCAAAGUGCUAUCCUACACAGGAGUUAAGUUCCGCCGGCCACCGUGGGGAUUACUUCAGAGUAAACAUGCAUGGGACUUGCCCUGUGGAUCAGGGUCAAAGAAAGAAAACAGCGCAUCAGCCAGCGAACGAGGCCACCGAUUGGCUAGCUGGCCCCCUUUGUCCGGCUCAGGGUGUCAGGUUUCCUCGCGCCGGCUUGGACUGGUCCUGCAUCCGCCAAUAAUGCUUUUGCAGGGUGUCGCCAGUGUAACCGCCACAAACGGCCCCCAACGUGGUCUCGGAGAGUUCGUUGCACGGAACGGGAGAUCUGCAGCUCGCGCGACUUUCCUUUUGCUGCAAGACGAAAUCCUGCAAUCGCAAUCCAAUCCAAUAAUUCCAGCUGCAAAGCUUCAUAGCGCGUUGCGCGCUCGGCCACAGCAGGAGCAGCCGGCGCCAAGAGGCUUGAUUUCCCAGGAGUGCCAAAGUUUAGGCGAUGGGAUCCGCGUUAAGCAGCGACAGUCGGGAGGUGGCGAACCCUCUCCAGGUAGCAGAAGAGGAGAAGCAGCCGCCAGUCCCAUCUUUUGACUGCUCCAUCUGUUUGGAGGUGCUCCACCAGCCCGUAAGGACGCAGUGCGGCCACGUGUAAGUGAAACUCCCCUCCCGGAAUUGGCUCAGGCGGGUGUGGGGAGAGAGUGAAUCCCCAUUCUUUGCAAUGCGAGAAGUCUGAAAUUAUGCUGCGACUUUGUUAGCUGCAGUUCUUUCCAUACUUAUGCUGGGACCAACCAACUUCCGUUUAAUUCUUUUUUCUUUUUUUUAAAGAAAGGGUAUUUGGCCUCCGUUUGGGAUGCGAUAAUAAAACGACCUUUUUUUGGUGGUAUUGCUAAAGAUGCGAGCAGAGAAAGAGUGUGUGCUUUGAUCCAAGUUAGCGCACGAACAAGUAAUUUAACUUGAUAUUUGCAUGCGACGGAUUCCGUUCAGAAACAGAAUCCGAGAUCUAGGCGAUUGGCAUUAAAAGAUGUACCUUCUUUCUCUUCAUUCCCUUUAAUAUUUUGGGGAAAACAAGCUUUAAGUAAGAUAUUUGGGUCGGGGAAGAAGUGAUGUGUGAUCCGAAUUUAUUUAGAUUUGUGAGUUGGUGUAGUGUAGUGGUUGAGCCAGUACAAACAUUUCUGAUCUACACUACACUGCUAUCAAGAUGUGAAUACCUUACAGAGUUGUUGCAAAAAUUACAAGAGAAUGGAUGUGAUGUGCUUGGACACUUGAAAGCACUAUAAAAGUGUCACAUACUUUUUGGAGAUUUCUUUUGAGUUUCUGGGCCUGUUUUAACUUUCCCCAAAUGGAAUUGCUUGCAUUUUAUUUUAUCAAGGAACAAAGGAUCCAUUUAAUUGCGUUGUCCUCAGUUUGCUGAUAUGUCUUAAAUAUAAAUUAAUAUGCAUGUGGGUAUAAAAUACCAGUAUGUUUGUUUCUUUCGUUUGUAUAUUUUGAGAAGGAAGCAUCCCGAGUUCUUAGAAGUAUCCUUUUUGUAAAUUUUUAAUGGCAAAAUUCAACCACUAUUUCCCCUGAGAAAUUUUGGUUGAAAAAAAUCUUUAAAAAACCAUGAUAUUCUAAAACAAGGGAGGAACACUCCCAGAUUUGGAAAGUCUUUCCCCAUAUUUUUAUUCAGUGAUGAUGUUGAUUCUAUGGUGCAAAUAUUGGCGCAAAUCUGUUCACUGUCAAUAUUCCAAAAUAUUGCAAUUCUCCCAAUGUAGGAAAAGAAAAAGAAAAAUCAGAGUUGCCCCCCAUGCCUGCCUGUGGAUGGGCUAAAAUUUAUUUUCCUUAACAAAUUUAGGUCAAGCACAUACAAGGUUGAGACAUUGUUAUUAAUGUAUAGAUGCCCCUUUCCAUAUUAAAGGAAAGGCCUAACUGUUGAAUCAUUAGCAGCCACAAUUGCAUUGUUUAACUUUUUAAACUCUACUAAAAUGUUUGAAUCUUGCACAUGCUGUUAAGCAUUCAGUGGGAGAUAUUCAGGCAAGAAACAAAACAUGUUCUGAAUAGCUUUUUUAUAUGCCAAAACCACCAUUUUUACUCCCUAGUGAAGACUGGAUAUUGAAAAGAACAAAUUUGUAAGGAAAAGCUGCACUUGGCUUGUGUCUUCUUUACAUUCCAUCUGGGGGCCUGGGUCAGAUGUAAGAGCCAUCCAUCCCAUGGUUUGACUGUUGUGAAUGCCUUUCAUGCUCACAAGCUACAAUUCCUCCCCCUCUCACUGAUUCAAUCAAGUACAGAUUGAUUCAAUCAAGUACAGAUUGAUUCAAUCAAGUACAGAUCCUUUGCCAGCCAAAUUGUUCAGGCCAUCUUGUCUCAACCUGCCUGGUAUGAAUCAUACAAACUAGGCACACUUGUAUUUAUUUAUUUACUGUUCUUGCAUGCCACCAUUUCUCCUUCGGGAGCCUAUUUUCCCUGGUGGAGUAAUGGAUGGAGUGACAGUAUGAACAACCCAUAGGGCUAUGGAAUUUGGUGUCUGGCAGACCCCAAUAAAAAAGUUUUAGAAAUCUUCACUCCAAAGCCAUUUUCAGAAGCGAGCUUGUAACUUGACUAAGACCUGUAUUGUUGCACAUUUCUGUAGCACCCACCUACAUACAUGUUUAAAAUAUAUAAAUCUGCAUAUUUCAAUGUAUGUGGUAACAAUCCUGGCACUAAUUCUGCUUGGAGCAGAAUUAUUCAAGCGGACCUGCUGCCAUACCAGAAACAAUGAACAAAUGUGAGAUUUUGUGUUUCUUCUGGAACAGCUAAUUCAAUCAAUCCAUCUUUAUUGAGGUCAAAGACCAGACAGCAAAGUUUACAACAACAACACUAAUUCACAAUGCAAUGCUGCAAGGAAUUCUGCGGUACAUUGUUACUUCCUACAGGGACACUUCAUUUCAUGCUGCUAAAACCAGCAAAAAUCUUGAGUCAGUCCUGUAUACUAAAAAAGUUGAAAGGUCUGAUGCCCUAAGCCAAGAAGGUGGAUAGUCUACCAGCUGCAGUUGAAUGGUAUGCCUCUGUGUUGCUUCUGUGUUAUGUGCAAAUUCAGAUACAUAUAAACAGCUGGCACUUGCACUUGAUCUUUGUAAAUAUCAUUUGCAAGUUCAGAAUGAUGGAUGUAACCCAAGAAGUAGGUUUUUAAAAUUGUAUAACUCUCUAACUUUGCUUAACUUAUUAACUAGGGUUCAUUGUUUAAAACCUUGCACGUGUUUGGAAACCACAAUGAAACUUUCCUUUUGGAUUAAUCUAAAAUAAAACUUCUUUUCAGCUAUGGCUGAGGAGAAGGAUUUGAGUUUGCUCGACUAAUCCUUACUUAGUACAACAAAAAGCCCAUGGCAGCAUUUCCUUUACAGUACAUGUAGAAAUGUUGCAGGUAAAAACAAAACAUUAGCAGGAACUUGUUGUUUGUCUAAAGUCUCACAUGAGCAAUUUUAAGCCCCUGUUUGUAGAAAUGAAGAACAUUACCUAUAGGCAACAGAAUGGUGGAAUACUAAAGCUUAGUAUUUAAAUGCACAAAUAUGGUUGGUAGUUAAGGAGUUAGCCCCAUGGAACUCUGUAGUACCCACUUCUAAAUAAAUAUACCGUAUUGGCCUGAAUAUAAACCUCACUUUCCGCCCAAAUUCUGACAGUGAAAAAUUAAAGUGCGGCUUAAAUUCACAACCUUACGCCACCAGCAAAGCGGCAUGGCUCUCCACCCCCAGGCAGCCUGGGAAUGCGGGCCAUGGCACACAGCCCUCCUGCCACUCCCAGCACCCCUCUAGCUGUUGGGAGGGAGGGGGGAGGCCACCAGCAAAGCGGCACGGCUCCCUCCCAGGAAGCAGCCCGGGAGUGCGGGGCAACGGCACGCAGCCCGCCCACCGCUCCCAAGCCUUCCCCCAAGCACAGGUCAGUUGCAGACCAUGGGACUUGCCCUGAAGCCAACACAAAUAUUUUAAGCACAACAUUUUUUCGUGUUUCGAAGGCACAGAUAUCUGUGUUUGUUCAAUGUGAAUGUAGCCCUAAGGUUAUGGCCUGACCAUAGGUUGCAAAGCAGUGAUGGGUGACCCCCAACUCCUCAAACAGGGUUGGAUCAGAAAUAAGCCAUUCUAUUCCUCAUCCCGUCUGCAAAAGUGAAAAAAGAACUUGGCUUGUUUUUGAGCCAGUCUGAAUUUGGACUGGAGGCCACCAGCAGCAGCCCUAAUCCCCAAGCCUCCCUCCCCUAUCUCCCCAUAAGCCUCCUUGCCUGCCCCCUGCUCCUCCAAAUACCUCCUUCCUUCCCACCCACUCACCUACCCUUUUUCCUGCCUCACAUGCCUGGCUGCUGCUGCUGACACUCUUAAUUUGAGGGGAAACAGGAGCAGGGAAGAGAAAGAGGUCUCUUCGCACCUCCCUCUGGUGCCACAUGCAAGAAGCCCACAGGGAAACUACUGAAAUGCCCCUUGGGAGAAACUACAUUUCCCAGGAUCUACUUAGGGACACAUUUAUUCAGGUAUUUAUUCGGGUAUUGUCUUUUCCCCCUUGAAUUUUAAAGGUGUGGCUUUAUAUUCGGGUGCGGCUUAUAUUUGGGCCAAUACAGUACAUAGGAUUCAGUUUCUAAGCUUUUUCAAGAGUGAUGCUAAAAACACCUUUUCAGUUUGGAAGACAUUACUCGCCAACUGUUUUAUGGAUUAGAAAGUGGAACAGAAUGAAGCUGUUUUAAAAUGAAAUACAUGUUUUACAUUCAGAUUAAAGACAAGAGAAAUAAAAUUUUAAAAAAAGUUUUAAGCUGCAGUCCAACUUCACUUAAUUGGGAGUAACUCCACUGAAUAAUUAGGACUUAAUUCUGAAUAGGCCUGGUCAGGGUUGCACUGAAACUAACCUUUGAAACUUUCAUCACAGAUCCAACAUGUUAUUCUGCUGUAUAACUUAACAACACAACUUUUCUAUAAUGUAGACAGUAGGGUGAAAACACAAGACUGUUAUUCAGUUAAAAGCAUGGGCAUAGCCAGGAUUUAUGUUGGAGGGCAGGCUUUAUGUUGGGAGGGGCAACCUCAGUAAGUUAAGUAUUUUGUAUUGAUUUGCUUGAUGGGGGGUAACUGCCCCUCCCUGCCUUUUCUUGGCUGUGCCCAUGGCUAAAUGGCUAAAAUAAUGCAGCCCUUUUACCUGUUCUUCCUACCUUUGUUGUACAUGAAGGAUGAAUUAAGUCACAUUGUUGCAAACUUUUUAUGGAAGUAAAUUGAACCAACUUCUGAUCAUAGGAAAACAGCCUUAUGCUGAGUCAAACCAUUGGGCCUUCCAGUCCUGUAUUGCUGAUACGGAGUGGCAGCAGCUCUCUGUUUCUGGCAGAAAUCUUUCCCAACCUUGCCUGAAGACACCAGAGAUUGAACCUGGCAUGCAUAUCAUGUGGUCUUCUAGGAGAAACAGCCUUUCCCCUCAAGGCAACUGGUUAAGAAUAGGUCUCAUUGGCGUCCAUAUUGGCGAAAAUGCAGAACUGUUUUGCCCAUAUUGGUUUUGCUGGCUGCAGUAAUAAUUGUGUUGCGUUUUGAUGAAACUGGGUUGCCACAAACAAGGCAUAUGUCAUGGAGGAGCAAAAGGUACAGUGGCAGGAGAGAGAGACAGAGAUAGGGCACAGAAAGGGACAGGUGAUGUGCCAAAAUACCGUAUUUUUCGCUCUAUAACACGCCCCCCCCCACCAUAACACGCACGUAGUUUUUAGAGGAGGAAAAUCCAUAGGCAUGCCACCCGUAGGCAUUUCCUCCAUAACACGCACAGACAUUUCCCCUUACUUUCUAGGAGGAAAAAAGUGAGUGUUAUAGUGCAAAAAAUACGGUAGAUGGAUGGGUCAGAGCAGUGAUGCCCUGGUGCUCAAAGUGCUUGGAAGACAAGGGAGGCCAACAGCAGGUGGAGCCAGAGCCAAUACAGUGGUACCUCUGGUUAAGAACUUAAUUCAUUCCGGAGGUACGUUCUUAACCUGAAACUGUUAUUAACUUGAGGUACUACUUUAGCUAAUGGGGCCUGCCGCUGCCGCUAUGCCACCGGCACACGAUUUCUGUUCUCAUCCUGAGGUAAAGUUCUUAACCCAAGGUACUACUUCUGGGUUAGCGGAGUCUGUAACCUGAAGUGUUUGUAACCCAAAGUGUUUGUAACUGAGGUGUUUGCAACCUGAGGUACCACUGUAAUGGGCAGAACUAAUUCUAGUUUUGUCCCCAUCCUCCUUCUGAAUUCUAGAAGAGCAGCACUGAGGCAGAGGACGAAGCUGACAGGCAAUGCCACCAGCCUGGAUUAGUUUUCAGUAAAAAAAAGGCACACCAAGCACUGUUCAGGUUCCUGUUUAAUUAGCAUCUGCUGCUAUUGCUGCUGGGAGUAAGGGAACUAAUGCUGCUCCACAGCUAGCCCACCUUUUAUCUUCUCCACCUGCCAAAUAUGCACGAACAUUUUAUUUAUUAGGUAUAUUUCAGGGAAGCUUAUGUGGUACUAACGCAACCAACUUCUUUAAAAUAGAGCAUUUCCCAGAACUAUGUAUUGAUUGAGCACUGCUAAGAACCCCAUAGUUCAUUGAUGUCAGCACUUCCCAGAUCAACCUAACAGAUUUGGUGUAAUUCCUUAGUCACACACUUUGUUCAAUAUUCAAGGCUACAGUGGUACCUCGGGUUACAAACGCUUCAGGUUAUGCAUUUUCGGGUUGCGCACCAUGCUGAACCUGGAAGUACUGGAACGGGUUACGGUGCAUGCACAGAAGCGCUAAAUCACGCUUUGCGCAUAAGCGCCAAAUCGCAAGGUUGUGAAUGUGCCUCCCACAUGGAUUACGUCGCAAACCGAGGUUCCACUGUAUUUCCACACACUUCGUUGCAUUUUAAACUUGCGCAGAGGUAGGAAAGGCUGUGGGGGUGAGGGAAGCCCCAAAGGUUUUUUGGUUUUUUUUAAGGGCUCAGGCUUGUUACAGUAGGCUUAGACACAACAUCAGUAAAAGCUUUAGUCAUUUUCCCGGCAUUAUCUCCAGAGCCAUGUGGACACUCCUGGCAGUCUGCCACUAGUCAAACAUAUCCCUGUCAGCUCUUGUGCGCAUGGUGUUAUAGCCAUCGCAAUGUGAUUAUAUCCAGAAAACUGGAUUUCAUCCCGUCAUUUGUGCAAUAAUUUCAUGAAUAAGUAAUUGGCUUCAACUUUCUGUCCUCUACCUUAAUUUUCAUGUACUCUUUAUGUCUGACUGAAGCUGGGAAUAAUCACUGAAGAUGUAUCUGACGACUACUCUUUCAAACCAAGGAUAAUGAUACUCUGCACAUGCUCAAUUUAUUCCUGUGUCUUUUUUAUUUGUAUAUAUGUGAAUCAGGUUAGCACAACAGAAUCUUGCACAAAUAUUUGCAGUGAAACAGCUACAGGCACAGCUCAGCCGAUGUUAAGCACUUGUGAGUUCCACUGAUUUCAGUAAAUGAGUAAAAAUGCCUUUUAUUUACUCUUCUCCAUUAAAUUCAGCAGGACAUUAAAGUGCUUAACCUUUGGCUGGAUGGUACCUCUCUUUUUUUGUUUGUUUGCUUGAAGUGCUUGAUCUCUCCCAUAGUGCUUUACUAAUACUUGGGAGAGUUUGCAGGCGCUUGCAUGUUAAUGAGUAACUUUAACUAAUGCACAGAUAUUCCCAUAACAGAACACACUAUCUUCUGUAGCCUCACUUUAUCAGUGGUCCUGUAGAUUGGGAUUCUCAAGUAAACAAAAUGAUUAACACAAGAACUGAUGUAGAAACCAAUCUUCCUAUAAGGUCAUGUUCACUAGUGAUCAUAACUGACUUUUCAAAUUGCUUUCUUUAAAGUGGUGGUUUGUUUGGAAACAGUAUUUAUUUUUAUCUCUCCGUUAGAUUUUGCCACUCCUGUAUUGCAGCAAGUAUAAGGAAUAACACGUGGACAUGUCCCUACUGCCGGGCGUUUCUUCCUUCUGAAGGGAUUCCAGCAACUGAUAUUACCAAGAUGAUGAAAAAUAGACACCAAAAUUGUACAGAAUGUGGAACACAGGUAAAUAAAUAUUGGCAUUCCAUAAUUUUCUGCCUCAUGGAUUUAAGCAUUCUGAAAUGCAUGGGGAUUUGAAGUUAGCAACCCUAAGCACAUUUACUUGGGAGCAACGCCUAUAGAAUUUUCAAUGUACAUUAUCCCCAAUUUAACAAAUCCUGAUCUUACAUUUGCAUCCUUUACCUUUAGGAAAACUAUGGUAACCAUCACUUUCCCUUUUAACAAUUUAACCUGUAAAGGUUGAAUUUUAACAUAUUGAAUCACUUCAUGUAGUUUAGAAUGAAGAAAUACAAGGCACUUCCGCUUGGAGAGUUUGGGCAACCCAACUACAAUCCUAAGCAUAUUUUGUUGGAAUUAAAAGUGACCUACUUCUGUCUACUAAACAAGCUUCAGGGCUAGUCUGCUAGUGAAUAGCAUUCUGUACAGCAAAAUACUGACACAAUGUUUCUUAAAAUGAAUCUAGGUGCUCCUCAGUGAAAUGCGAGCUCAUCUGAGAACUUGUGACCAGUAUAUAGAGAAAUAUGGGCCCCUACAGGAAGUUGCAUACCCAGACACAAGGUAAAGUGUAUCUUAAUAAAAUAAUGGUGGGAGAAUCUACUCUCAGCUUGGUUUAUAUAUUUAUUCUUUCACAAUCUUAGCCUUCCCUUACCCAAGUGACUUGGGGUGAAUGAUGAUACAGUUUAAAAUCAAAUUAUAACUCACCAUUUUAAAUAAACCAAACAUAGAUCAUUUAGCAGAUACUAAUCUAAAUCUUAACUACUGAUGCCAGGUCAACAAAAAGGCUUUGUGGAACUUCUGUAAGAUUCUCAUACUUUGAACUUGGGCAAAGGCAAGGGAAUUCUGCAGCUGCAGAAAAUAGGUAAUGCUAUACAUGUAUUCACACUUUUAAGGUCAAACAAGUACCUUGAAUUCUGCUUCAAAUACUUAUAUCGAUUCAGUGCAUGGGCAGGACUACUAUUGUAAUGUAAUUCUGGUGACCAAUUCCAAUGUUCAGCAACCUUUGAAGAAACUGUUGGCAUCCUUGAUUGUGGGUGUGUGGGGGUUAAUUUUGGAGAAACAAUUAAACCAUUUCUGUUGUAUGUGUUAGACAGGAAGGCACUGUGCAAAGCAUAGUGUUCUCUGUUCACAAUAUUUAACCAUAUCUUUAUGCCUACAGUCUUUACUUGCAUCAUGUCCCCAUCCCAUCUCCAGUAGAGAGAGACUUGAUGCAGAAUCCUAUUUAGCAGGAGCAAAGUGGCUCACCAUCCAGUUCAGUUGCCAGCUCUAGACUAUAUUGGCUUUUAAUAUGCAACUACUACACCAUCUGUAAAAUGUAAAAAUGCAGCUAAUAUAUAAAUAGUACCUUAUGUGAUUUCAGAUAUCCGUGCCCUUUCUGCCAGUAUUCAUUGGAUGAAGAAGAUUUUCUGGAUCAUUUUCUCACUUUCCACAGAUCUGACAGGAGAGCCGUGGUAAACACCUUAUUUUUUUAGGUUUAAACCGCAUUGUUGUUUAAAUCAAUUAACUGACUGUUUGAAAUAUUAGGUAGCAGCAUAAACUAGAAUAUGCAUAUUUAUGGUCAACUAAUAGGUGAUGAUAGAUAGAUAGAUAGAUAGAUAGAUGAUAGAUAGAUAGAUGAUAUAGUUGCUUCAAGGCAUUCUAUGUAGUAAGUGACAAAUAAAUAUGAUAAAUGAAAAUAUAUGACUUUGCUGCUAUUACAUCCAGAUGAUGUUUCCAGUAUUCCAUGUCACCAAGUUUUAUGUGAUCAGUUUCAGUUGACGCCAUCUUCAUUGAUUAAAGCUAGCCAGAGAGGUUGACUACGUGACUGUGUUGGUUCAGACAGUAGUGAAUGUCUCAUUACAAGGAGGAGUGGUGCCUCUGGCUUUAAAAGAAGCUCUGAUACAAUCUCUCCUAAAGAAGACAACUUUGGAUAAUUAUUGACCAGUUGCUAAUACUCUCUUGGGUAAGGUGAUCAAGAGAGUAGUGUCAGUGCUACUAUAGGCAUUAUUGGAAGAUAACAGUUUUCUUGACCCAUUUCAGUCCGGCCUCAGGAUUGGUUUCAAGAAUAAAUCAGCCUUAGUUGCCCUGAUGGAUUAACUGGGAGAGGGAAAGGGAGAUUGUGACCCUGCUGCUGUUACUCAACCUUUUAGCAUCAGUCAGUUCCAUGAUCUCCUCCUGGGCCAGCUCUGUCAGAUAGCAUAAAAAGAGCACACAAGAAAAAAAAAGCACUCCAUAGCUAGGAACGUGUACCUCAUUUAUGCAACCCCCCCCCCAAAGCAAACCAACAACAUCUAAGCAUGAGAGACUGGUUCACAAGGCAUUUUAUUAGUUGUAUACAAAACAGAACAAGGAAUUAUCUGAAUUUACUGGUAACAAACAUCAGUUAAUAUAUUUUUAGUCACUCAGGAUAUGGAGAUUUUGCUUUCUUUAGCAAUAAUCAUUUCUUUUGCUACUGUGAAAACACUUUCUUUUUUAGUGCAUUUAUUUUCCCCCCUUGAACUAUUUACAGUACUGUCCGAUUUGUCGCUUAUCACCUGGUGGUGGUUCAAGUUAUUGCAGCAGGAAUUUCUUAAGGCACCUUCAGCUCAGACAUACGUUCUAUUAUGAAGACUAUAUAGUGAGUAAAUUGCCUGGUUGUUUUUCCUAACCCCCUGCUAAGAGUCAUUUAUUUACAACUUCCACCUCCCCCAUAGCUCCUUGAUAAGUCAUAUGAGGACAUAUGUAGAUUGCAAGAAUGUAAUGGUUGGGGAAUUAGAAAGGUUACAAAGCCUUAAGAAACUUCAGUGGAGAAAUAAUCAAAUAGCUCAAAGGUGCUACACUCAUGCAGAGAAGCCUAACUUCCUGAAUACCAGUCCAAGAAUUGGUGAAGGAGUUGUUCCAAUCUCUCUUUCUGAUCUAAUCCUUCCCCACCCACCCCAGUUUGAGUAUGCUUUUGAAAUAACUGCAACAGGUUUCCCAGAAAAUGAGGGGACCAAGUUUGGGUGUGGGGGAGCAAGUGAGAGGCAUUGUUCUUAAUAGUUUAGGGCAAACAUUAGAGCCAGAGGUCUAGAGCUGUAGUCUCUCACUUCCAGAUAAGCUCCAGUAAGUAGUAUAUGAUAGGGGGAAUCCAAUAUAGAAAUAAAUGACAUUAAAUACAAUGAAACAUAAAAUGGAGCAUAGUACAAAAAUUAAGCAACCAUGCUAACUUAGACAAAUCAUUCUGUUUUUCUUGUUUGCCUAUUUCUGCAAGAAAGGAAAUCAUCUUGUGUAAUAAGAAUAUCAUAGUUGUAUUCAUAGAGUAUAAUUGCAUGGGAUAAUAAUUCACUUAGCCCAACCCUGAUUUUCUUGCACUGUAAUUCACUAGAGAACCUCUUGUCUUAGAUCAUUGGUGGUAUCACAUAAACACUAGAAACAAACAUCUCAGACUGUCUUGCUGUUAUGUUAGCAGAAUUUGUCCUGGUGGUGCAAAUUUCUCAAAGGGUAGAAAGCUGGAAGUGGGCUGAUACAGUCACCCUUAUGCCUGAUGUCUAUUCACUCUUGAAAAACUAGCACUUAAGGGCACUAGAAGUAAACAUCUCACUGACAUUCUGCAGCUCUUUGCAAACAUUUAUUAGUAAUCAGAAAUUGUAUCCAAAUAUGGUUUCGCUUUCCUUGGAAAUGUUAGUGCAGGAAAAUCUAAAUUUGGAUGGUAGAUAAGGAAGGCUCAAGAGGAGAUGAUGCUAGAUAUCGAUAAGAUUGGUGCUUAUGGUCUCAUUGGUGUGUUGGUCUAAAUAACGGUUCAACUACGGUUGCAGCCGAAUAGGACUAUUUUUAUUGCUAAGCAGGAUUUUGUUUUGUUUUUGCUUUACUUGCAUGUCUGACUAUCUUCUCUUCUUAUUUCAGGAUAUAAGUAUAGUGGAAGAAGCUCUUGUUGAAAGAGUUCUAGAUCGGUCAUUAAUAGAGUAUAUGCAUGUGCCUAAUCCAAAUACGGCGUAAUCCGAUCAAAGUUUGGAAGAUAUACCAAAUGGAUUUGCUACACUGUGAAUUAAAAUGUUGCUUGUAAAGUAUUGUUGUCAACUUCUUUAGGAUUAUAGUUCAGCCUCCCUAAUAACAAAUUAUUUUUAGCAUUGUCAAAAUUCAUUAUUUUGUUAUAUUGUAUAGGCAUGACAAUCUUGAAUGGUUAUGACCUUCUGAGAAGGUAAUCUUGUUGUGACGUACUGAGCUGAGCACACCAAGGAUUCUUCCUGCAAUGUGCACUGAUUAGAAGCAGUUAGGGCCAUCUUUCUGGAUGGGCUGCUACUGCUUAUGAGUAUUUUUCCUCUUCUCAGGAUGUCACUACAUCAAGGAUUCUCAGGAGUGCACAGCCAUGUGAGAGCUGCACCUGAUUUCUAACUGCAUUCACUUAUUUAGUUUCUGGGAAACAUUUAUGCUAAAAACUUGAGUAGGGAUAGGAAACCUUUGACCUUCCAGAUGUUGCUGAAUACUCCCAUCAUUCCUAGCCAUUGGCCACGUUUGCUGGGACUGAUAGGAGUUGUAGUUCAGCAAUAUCUGGAGGGCCAAUGGUUCCCCAAACUUGUCUUAGGUGGUAUCCAAUAAAGGCUGAAAAGUGAAUAGGGCCUAAAUGAGGAUCAAUUAAGCACAUGAAUUUGGUGUGGUAUCAAUGCAAUAUAAAGAUGAGCAAAAUAAUUAAUGCAGCAUAAAACACACCUCAAGGUCUGUUUCUACAACAUCCACUGGUGUUUUAGGUUGCAAUGUAACAAUACUUACCUGGAAGUAAGUCCCAUUGGACUCAGCAGGACUUGUUUGAGUAGUCAAACAUAAUUUUUUUGCUAUUAGUGAGUUAUGAUAGAAAGUAGCAUUUUACAGAUAACCUCGACUUGAUUUAUAUAACCUAAUCCACUACCAAAUUUUCAAAACAUUAAAGGCUGAGAAAAUUUAUCUUCCAAAUUAGCCAUCAAAAAGAUUUAUUUUCAAUGUACCUUCACAUUUGUCAUCAAAAUUAGAAAUGGAUUUUGCCUUGCUUAAUUAUAUUGUUUAAAGAGCUACAUUACAUUGAGAAAAAUAACACUGUCACUCUUUUGAAUAUUAAAAAUUAUUUUUUACUGCCUGUUUCUUUUGCAGCAAAACUUACUAAGAAGCCUCUUGUCUGAAGUUUUUUUUUUUAGUUAAAAAAAAUGUGACCAAAGCUCAGAGCAUCUUGUGACUAUGCUUUCAAAGGGCAGGCCAGAGUUUUCAUGAUCAUUUAGAUGUUGCAAUGCCAAUGAGGGAGAGCAAACAACUGUUUACUUUCUGAAAUGUCAUAAUACCGAUCAGAGUUCAAAAAGAGAAGCUACAGUUAAUGUUUGACAAAUAGUACUAUAUCAUUUUACAGUUCUGAGGACUUCAGUAUAAUUAUUAAUAACAGCAUAUUUUACACGGAUAGAGCAGCUUGAAGAUAAGGUGCAAAUUUUUAGUGAGGGAAAGUAGUAAAGCCAAAACCACCAGCUCCUAAUAAGAGCCUUCCUAUUUUGUUCCAUGCUGUAUUCAGUUGUUGUAGCAGACUAAUAUGACAUACAUAUAUAUUGGUUAAAUAAUGCCUAAGUGUUUUUCAUUGAUGCAGUUAACUGUAAAUAUAUUUUGUAAGAAUUAAAGUGCACAUUUGUACAUA